AGAAAUUACAAGCGCCUCCGCUAAAUUACACGUAUAUAAUAAGAGUAUACGUAUAUAUUUAUAUACAACACGAAACUUGAAUACGUGUAUUGUAUUCGUUUUUUUUUCUUGGGCUCGGCCACACACCACACACGAGUUUCACUAUUAACUCAGCAAAUAUCGAGUGUGGUUAGAAUCGGUCCAAAUUAAAGACUUGGCUUGAAAAAGAAUGGCGGACGGUCCAAGAACAGGAUCUGGCGAAUCUUCGCCCCAAGUGGAAAGAGGAUGGGGUGCUCUGAAACAGCAUGUUAUUGACAAUAAAGUACAAGUAGGAUUAUGGGUCACUAGAAUCUUCAGUAUUUUGUUUACGAUAGGAUAUAUUAUUCCAUUAUUUGGAAAUCGUUACAAUGCCUAUUAUAAAGUGCUCAUGAGCAGUGCAGCGACGAGUGCUUUGAGGCUCCAUCAGAGAGUACCGAGAGUCCAAUUCAAUAUGCAAUUUGUGGAACAGUUACUUCUAGAGGAUUCGUGUCACUAUUUGCUAUACUCUCUUAUAUUCCUUUACGUGUCGCCGGUGUUGUUGGUUUUGGCGCCUGUAGUCCUCUUUGCAAUUAUGCAUUCUGCAAGUUAUUCUCUUACAUUGUUGGACUGUCUAGGUCAAAACAGCUGGUGGGGAGCCAGACUUUCGAUAUCUCUCGUCGAAUUCCAGUCACGGAAUAUUUUGCGUUUCUGCGCGUUAUGCGAAAUCAUGGUGCUGCCUCUUACCAUUAUUCUCGUAUUUUCAGGACAAGCUGGCUUAUUCACACCAUUCAUUUACUAUCAAUUCUUGAAGAUGCGUUUGUCAUCAAGAAGAAAUCCGUUCACUCGUAAUCUUUUUUACGAGAUGAGAAGUGCGUUGACGGCGGUAUCGGCGAAGCCUGCGAUGCCUGGCAUCCUAAGAUGGCUGACAAAUCUCUUGUUGACUGUGACUCAGCAGAUGGUGCCGCAAUACGUUCAACAGCAGCAGUAAUAUCGUCGAAAAUAGAAGGAACGAAGAGUAAAAAAAUACGCCAAUCCGUCGUAUCCGUCGCGAGGAAUAGCGACAAGUUUUCCUUUUUUCUCCUUUUUUUACAAGUUUGAAACGAGUUUUCGCGGACUCGACUGAUUUUCAUCACCUGAAACCUAUGCUCGAAAUUAACAAGGAAAACAAAAUGCGAGUCGAUCAAUUGUUGACAAAUUGAUAGAAAUUAAUCGUCAAUCAAUUUUCUUCAAUUAAUUGAUAAAUUUUGCGGCAAAGGAUCAGAAAAUGGAAAAUUCUGCAAUCAUUCCUGAUCCCUGAAUCAAUGAAGAACGAAAAUAAAAAUUGAACGGCGGAAAAAAACGAGCGAUCAAUUUUUUAAAUAUUCAUAUACAAUUUUCACCAAAUAUCUCGCGUCUGAUCUAUCAAACUUCUACACUCUUUAGCUAUCGUAGAUUUCUUACGAAUUUGUAGCAGGCAGUACCAACAAGUUCGUCCCGCUAAUGAAAAAUUUUCAAAAUUUUUCAAAAUAACUCGAUUCCACAUGUUUUUCGAGCCAAAAAUUCUAUUCGAACGGACAGAGAUGGAACCGACCAACCUGACAUAGUACCGACGUCAAAAAUUUGAAAUUUUUUUGGCUAAAAACUUGCUUUAAUAAGUGAGUACACAAUUUCAUAUCACCGAACUUUAUCGCGUUCAUUUUCUGAAGAUGCAGCAAUAUCCUCCGCAUUUUUUUCGUCUGAUUUUUCCAAUGGCAAAGUUUCAACGUAAUUGUCAGAUGAAUAUUUUGAAAAAGCAACCGACUAAUUGGAGAGAUUUGCAGAACCGAUGAUGCGAUAAUUAUUUGAACGAUUUGGAUUUUCAAUAUUUGAGAAUGAUCUUUGGAUAUAAUUCACGGCAAUGUUACACAAAAUCUGACGAACUUCGUUGGAAUCGUCCGGAUAGAAUUUUCAGCUAGAAAAUUACGUGCGAAACGCCCAUAAAAAAUAAAUGAAGAAAGAAGGAAAAAGAGGGAGAAAGUACGAAAAAGACAGUACGCGAAUUGAAGAAAAGAAUGUAAACACGAUCGAUUUGAAAUCGCAAACGUAUUUUUUAGGUAAUGGUGCCGGUUUGAGGUGCAAUUUUUUCUGGUUGUUGUGCCUACUUCGAAUUAAUGGUACUCGUAUAAAUAUUAGUCAUUUAAAUUUCAUCGCCAUGAAUCAUUUGUAACUUGUAAUUCUGUUUUUAUUUCCUGUUCCGCGUUUGUUAAUAUUAUUAUUAAUUUGAAAUUCAUGGUCAUAGGCACAGUCCUCAUCUUUUAAGUGUGAAAUUUUCGUUUAUACAAGAAAUUUUAUGUCUUGCAAUUUCGCUUAUGUACAAUUUACGAUAUCUUUUUCAUUGUUUCGCAGUUUUCAAACAGUUGAACAUUCGAUCGAUCCAUAUUGAAAACAGUAUUCGAAAUGAAUGUUAAAAAUGAAAUAUUGUCAGUUUACAGUUGGUUUUUAGUUGGAAUCAGUCGAUCUGGACUGAAAAUUCAUUAAUUUUGUUUAAAACAAUACCUGAACGAAAAGUAUUUUCUGCACAGCGACUAUCUGGUGCUGCGAUUGAGAAAUUCGUUAAUUAUGCAUUAAAAGCAGCAUUGCAUGGUUGAAAAAAUGUCGAGCUGAUCUUUUGGCGAGAAUGUUUUUUUUCCAUUUUUUUUAAUCGAACAAAUUCCAAAAUUCUCGAAAAAGUUCAACAAAAAAACGCCAACUUCGUUAUUAUUCCAUCUCUUGUACGUUAAUUAUUAAAAUUGAAUGUAUUACUUUAUUUAUGACUUUACACAAUUUAGUAACUGAUUUAUCGUAGCAAAUGGUUUUGCGUCAUGGUCCGUGGAUGUUUCAGUAAUAAAAAAACGAGAUGAAAACAACAAA